GCUACUCUAUUGGUUUUACAUUAUUACAAUAAUUAAUAAUGGCUCUCAAUAAAGGUUGGAGAUUUGGUGCAUUUAUUGGAUGCUUUGUAGGUUUCAUUGGUCUAACUCUGUAUCCAAUCGUCAUUAGCCCUAUGAUGGAUCCUUCCAUUUACAAGACCAUUCAGCAAGACACUCGAAAAGGCAUUAGGCAAGAAGAUAUCCAACCUGGCAAUAUGAAAGUAUGGACAGACCCUUUUGACAGAAAAAAGUCUCAAGAUUGAGUAAAAUAGUUCAGUUUAUUGAGUAAUAUAGUAAAUUAUUGUAGAUACUAAGAUUGUAAACUUAUUGUUUGUAUCGAAAAUAAAAUUUGUUCUUUUCCAUUAAAUA